AUGUCAAGGGGAAGAAAAAGUGGAACCGGAGACCCAAUGGAUGAUUUCCUAAGCUCGUUGGGUCUAGUGCGAAAGCCAACAGCCAAGGAUGGUUCUUGUUUGUUUAGAGCGGUUUCGGAACAGGUCUUUUACUGCCAAGCUUUGCAUAAUGAAGUUCGGGAAGCAUGUAUUAACUACAUGGAGCGAAACAGAGAGAAAUUUGAACCAGAAUGGGCUGGACAGAUAGAAAUCAGUGCCAUGUCAUUAAUGUACAGACGAGACUUUUUGAUAUAUCAACAAAUUGGGAAAUCUCCAUCACUUAUCACAGACAAUGGUUUCGAAAAAAAGAUUUUACUGUGUUUCUCUGGUGGUAAUCACUAUGAUAGCAUUUACUCCAAAUCAUUUCAAGAAUGUGCAGGCAUCUGCCAAUCUAUAGUGUAUGGUCUAUUAUACAAUGAUGUAUUCACAAUGAAAAAGGAAGUUCAAGAAGCUAUUGAUUUAUUAAGAUCCAAAUCUAAAAGAAAACAAAGUGAUUGUAGUAUUGAUGGUGUUGAAAAUAUUGGUAGACAUGAUGGUGGUACAAGUGAAUUGGAAACCUCCACGGAAUCAGAAAAAAGUAAAGAUGGAGACAAGGUUUGUGAGACUGAUGAAAGAAGACUGUCAACAGAAGUUCAACAAAGAAAACCAGCAUUUCCUUACAAAGUUGCCAAAGCAUUAGAUCCUGAGAUUUACAGGAAUGUUCACUUCGAUGAUGGAACUAGUAGAUAUUUUAAUGCUCACAUACAAGAAGUUCACUCGCAGGAUGGUCCUGUAACAGUCUUCAUUGAAGAUCUUGGAGAGAGGCAUACCUUACCAAUGAAGAAUUUAAAACCACUAAUGUGUGCACCAAAUCGACAGUGGAUGGGCACUGGUAAUAAAGGCUACAAGAACUUAAGCGGAUAUUACCAUAAACCAAUCAAUGGAUAUGUACCGGAUUAUAAUGAUCCAAAAAAUAAAAGGAAAAUCAAGAGAGGAGGAAAAGCUCAAUAUAGCAGUAAUAUGUAUCAAGGACCUCCUGGUCAAAUUAUGCCUCAAUACCAACAGCCGUUUGAGCAGCAACCAAUGAUGUGUUUACAACAACCAGAAAGACAAAAACAACCACAGAAAUUUAACUCUCCCCCAAAGCAGCCACCACGUUUUAUGAACAGGGUGAACCAAGAAAACUCCAUGGAACCAUGUCAGUCAUUUGUAAGGACUAAUAAACCAUUUCAGCAGGAAUGUCAUCAAAUGUCUCAAAGACCUCAAUGGUCUUAUACAGAUAGGCCACCGCCUCCAAAUGCUAGUGGAAGAGGUAGAGGAGGUGGUAGAUAUGCUGGAAGAGGAUCACCUAAAAACUUCUUUGGACACACCCCUGAAGAGAGAGAAGAGAAAAAAGCAUUAGAGGAGUCUAUGGCAUUAUAUGAAAUACAAGAAAGAGAUUCACAUGCAUUUCCUGCAUUGCCAACGGCACAAAAUACUGCUGGAGUUCAUGUUGGACCUGCUUCUUUUUGGGGCAAAUUAGGAAAGGAAAGAAGUGCUACUCCACCAAUCAACAUUCCAACAUCAAUGGGCCAGGAUGAACCUGUCUUUGUUAAUGGUGUGUGUAUUGAUGAUGGUCAAAUGAAACAGAUGAUGACUCCUCCAAGUCAGUUUAUGAUACCUCAGCCUGUAUGUGCAUCUCCACAACCAAUACAACUACAGCAAUAUUCCAGUAGUCCAGCUGGUAAUAAUAGUAUGGGUAAUGUAUCUCCAGCUCCUGUGAUAAUGGCGGCUAACAACUAUGUACAACAACAGUCUAUACCAUCAGGUGUUCCUAUGUAUCCUGUCAUCUUGCCCAUUGUGGAAAAUUUAACUGGUCCUGUUAAUUAUGGUAUUAGUCCAUCUCGUGAUGCAUAUGGCUCAGAUCUCCCCAUGUCAGAUACCAAUACUUUAAGAUUUUUCUUCAACAUGGGAGUGGAGUAUUACCAUCGAUAUAUGCAGAUUAUACAAAUGCAACAAGCUCAACAAAACGUGAUGGCUUUUAACAUGGGUGUGGUUCCACAUGCUUCUCAACCAGCUGUCUUGGGAGCACCUCAACAGUCGACAAACAUGGAUGUACCUUGUAAUUUAGGGAAUGUAGAAGACAGACAUUAUGGCUCAGAUGUUGCUUCAUCAUUAGAUGAUACUGAAGAUCAAGAACAAUUAAAUGACGGUCAGUCAAUACAGAUAAACUCUUUCCCAACUGCUGAUGGUUUUGAUCCAAAUUUCUCGCCCUGUCCAAGAGAACGUGCCAAUUCCUUCCAAUUUGAUUUAAGUACUGGGCAAAACAGCCCAGUUCAUGAUCAGACGUAUGCCUCUCCAAGUUGUGGCUAUUCACAAAAUGAUAGAUACAAGCAAAGGAGAUAUUCUGGUGGUGGUGGUGGUGGUAGUUUUAAGAAUUCACCACCAAGGUUUAGACAUCUUAGAUCAUCUCCAUCCACCCAGACUAGGCACCAAUUAGAUAAUGCUUCCUUUGCUACCUCACAGCAAUAUUCUGCUAAUAUGCAUGAUUUUACCAACCAAUCGCAGCAUGUUCCUCAUAGACCUGCACGUAACUCAUCUCCCCUCGCCCGACGCUCUGCACCUAUUAAUAUUGCUAGCUCCUCUCCAAGAAACAUCUCUGCUAACCCUUUGACAUCCUCGCCAUCCCAUACAGGCCCCAGCAUGCAAUAUUAUGCAGAUGGAAAUACUAACCAGUCCAGUGCACCCACAGGUUCCUACUACAAUGCUGGUAAUCAGGGAGCUGCCAACAGCACAGAGCACUUCACUUCUUCACAGUCAGUAUAUGAUAAUCACCAAGUAAGCAUGGCUAGUAAUUAUCAGUUUGCACCUCAUCAAUGGCAAGCCACUGCACAGCAAGCUAAUAACAACGCUUAUAUUUAUUCUGCCAAUAACCCACAAAAAGCAGUGCAUAAUGUGUAUGGCACUACCCCACCUUUUCCUAAUACUUAUACUACUCAGGCUCAGUACAUAGCUCCUCAAAUGGUUUCACAGACUGCACAUGUUCAUUAUUCUUCUUAA